AUGGUCUCCUACUACACGACUUCCCCGCAAACCCGGCAGGUGGCAGACGAAGAUAUCCAAGUGACACCGAUCUCUUACUAUGCCAGAGAGACUCGCCGUCGCAAUCGAGUAUUGCGCGAUGACCUUCGCAGGGCCGAGCCAGAUGGCAUUCUAAAUCUAGUUGCUCAACGCGGCCAUUCCUGGGACUCCAUAGCCACUUCCACUGCUCUACACGCCUUAGCCUGCAAAAUGAAGGGAUCUACAUCCACCUGGGACUUAAAGGACGCUCGGUGGCAGCGCCUCUGUGCCUUGACCUUUCAACACUUAGUGGAAGGAGAGGCAAGGAAUCUGGCGAAUGUGGCCUGGUCUCUGGCGAGCCUACGCUGCAAGCUUUUCCCUUUCCAAGACUUGGCGAAGCAGGUCGUACUUCAUGCAGAAGAGCUGAAACCACAGGAGGUCUCGAACCUCAUGUGGUCAUUGGCACACUUGCGAUUUCAUCAUGUCCCAAUGAUCUCGAGUCUUGUGUCAGAAGUUGUCAAGCAAGUCUCUGGCUUUUCUUGCCAAGAUGCAUCAAAUACUAUGUGGGCAUUGGCUUCCUUGGCAGUCGCAGAAGACCGUGCUCUUGAAACUCUGCUGCCCUCUGCGAUGAGGAACAUAUACCAAUUUAAGCCCCAAGAAUGUGCAAACACUAUUUGGGCUUUGGCCAUUUUGGCGCUGUCAGAUGUCGAACUGGUGGAGAAGAUUGCCGAGCAUGCAGUUGACAUCGUCACGGAGUUUCGUAACCAAAAUCUGUCCAACUUUAUUUGGGCCUUUGCAAAGUUGGGGCACAAGGACGAAGUGACGACAGCCAAACUCUUGCAGGCUACACUCAGAGGUUCCGAUGAACCGGCCAUUGAGUUUUUGUGUGCAAGCAUGUGCUCUCGGAUCACCGAAUUUAAGCCCCAAGAGCUAGCGAACUUUAUUUGGUCAAUGGCUAUCACUGGGGAAAGAGGUGAACCUGCCUUGGUCUGCAUUGUUGGUCAAGUUGAAAUGACCUUGCAUGAGUUCAGCUGUCAAAGUACGGCCAACUUUGUUUGGUCCUAUGCCAAGCUGGGUCUAAACGAGCCACAUGUGCUUUGUCUAGUCAAAGAGGCAGCGGCUCCGAAGCUGAACACCUUUUCAGAGCAAGACUUGUCAACAACUCUUUGGGCCUUUAGCACGAUGCUGCACCGCGAUGAUGUUUUCCUGGACCAUUGGAUGUGCGCCAUCUCCCAAAAGCUCCUGGAGAAGCCCGUAAAGCCUCAGCAUGCCUCGAACAUUCUGUGGGCCUUGGCUUCGAUCGCUUUUUAUGACGGCCCCUUUUUCACCACUUUGACCGAUGGCAUCAGGAAGUCGAUCAAAGGCUUUGCUGCGCAGGACAUUGCUUGCUGUACAUGGGCCUGUGCUACAGUUGUCCACAGAGACCAGAGCUUCACUGACCUCAUGGCCAGUGAGGCAGCAGAUAAACUGAAGUACUUCGAUCCACAAAGUGUGGGCAACACGGUUUGGGGAGCCACCUAUUUGAAGACGUCUGUCUCUAAGUUGUAUCAUAGCCUCAGUGAUUUGAUGGAUGCAACAACUCUCAGUUGUUAUAAUGACAAGGUGGUGGCAAUGGUGGCACGUGCUCUCAUGACUGGGUUUGCUGCUGAAAUGUCUUGGGACGUCUUCCACCGCUUGCAGCAACUCGAUCAAAAUCCUGGGAUCAGCGCAUUAAGCUUGUGGUUGCAUCACUGCCGCCACGUGCAGCCAUGCAUAGGCCGGGAAAUGCAGGUCAUGUCCGUGCUUGCGAGGUUCCAACCGUGUAGAUACGUGCAGCAAGCAAUUCUGAAUGUUGCAGCCCUACGUUUGGCCGAAGACGGUUUCCUGACUGAUGCUUUGAGCCUUGUGCAAGAGCUGCUGCAUCAUGACGCUACAAACAUCAUUGCCGGGCACUUGCAUCAACAGUUGUUUGAUGGCUUCUACGGCGCGGAAGCUGUGAUCGAACCCUUGCAAAUGAAGUGGAAGCUGCCAUCGCACAUGCGCGGCCAUAGUGGGACCGACUAUGACAAGCAGUGCAGAUUGCUGGAACAUGUUUUGAGCACAGCACAGAAGGGUGAUGCAUGGUCAGUGGUGACCACGAUCGAGCGUUUCUCUGUGGAUGGGAACGGCUGGCUGAAGAUCGCUGGGGGUGGCAAAGGCAUGGUUCUUGAUGACCUCGUUCGAAAGUUGUCUCCUCAACCACCUUCCUUGGUCCUUGAAUUCGGGCUUUUCGUUGGGUACUCGAGCACAAGGAUGGCAUAUUGGCUGCGAGGUCACGGUGGCAAGGUGCUUUCAGUGGAGGUGGAUCCAAUACAUGUUGCUAUCGCCCGAAAUGUUAUCGAGUUUGCUGGAGUAGCCAAUCAUGUUUCGAUUUGUCUUGGAUACAGUGAGGAUGUGAUCCCACAUUUAAAAGAGACCUGUUGUGGAGCAUCCGCAGACGCCGUUUUCUUUGAUCAAAGAGGGACUCGCUUCCACACCGAUCUGUGCAUGUUGGAGUCUGAAGAACUGAUGAAAGAUGGCUGUGCUGUACUAGCAGACAAUGUGCUAAAGCCUGGGGCACCGCAUUUCCUCUGGUAUUUGCAGCACAGUCCACAUUAUGAUCUCACGGUCGUGUCUUUGCGGGAAUUCGCUGCAGACAGGAUCGAAGAUUGGAUGGCUUUGGGAAUCUACCAUCCUGGAAACUCAGGUCCAGCUGUGUUUUUUCCAAAAUCCUUGGACAGGUUGGCAUUCUUGACAGACAAGGCACGGGCGCACAGCUGCAAUGCGGACGGGCCAUGUGAAGUGGAUGAAGACGCAUGGGCCCGUCAUGCGCAAGAGAUACGUCGAGCUUACGAUGAUGUCCAGAUCAAUCCUCACAUAGUGAGGAUUAUCAAAUCUUCAGAGGGCGAGCCGUUUGUAGAUUGGGAGACUGCCUCUUUUGGCUCCGAAAAUGCAGGAUUCGUGAUUCGUGGUUGA